UAGCAAGUGUCUUUUCGAGCUUUAAGUUCAGUUCAAGCAGAAACCAGUCAAUUUAGCUUUUCAUUGCGCAUGUCAAAUUCUCUUUCUUUUUCCGGUCGGCCAAGGCAAGAAAUAAGGCAAAAUGACCAACACAAAGGGUUAUCGCCGUGGAACACGGUAUAUGUUCUCCCGAAAAUUCCGGAAACAUGGACCAAUUCCACUCUCCACAUACAUGAAAGUGUACAAACGUGGCGAUAUUGUUGAUGUCAAGGGCAAUGGCGCUAUACAAAAGGGUAUGCCAUUUAAAGUUUAUCACGGUAAAACUGGCCGAGUGUUCAAUGUCACCCAACAUGCUGUAGGUGUGAUUGUCAACAAACAAGUUGGAAAUCGCAUCAUCCCAAAGAGAAUCAAUGUGAGAAUUGAGCAUGUGAAACACUCUAACUGCCGUCUGGACUUCCUUCGACGUGUAAAAGAUAACCGUGCAAAGCAGCAGGAAGCCAAGACCAGUGGCAAAUGGGUUAAUCUAAAGAGACAGCCUGCAGGAAGACGCACAGCCCAUUUUGUUAAAACCAAGUUCAACAAACCAGAAAUACUGCAGCCAAUUCCUUAUGAAUUUAUUGCAUAAAUUGUUCAUGUCCUUGGUAAAAUAAAGAAAAAAAACCUUAAAA